AUACGAUUUGUUUUUUCAUUAUACGAAAAUGUGUGAAAUAAAUAAAUUCGAUUUCAAUCUUUUUUUAAAAAAUAUUCAAAAACAAUUCUUAUGCUGCUUCCCGCUCCACUGUAUUUCAUGGCAGGAUUUUCCCAAAAACUUAAGUUGGGAACAACAAAAGAAUUUAAUGGAUUAUACGAUCACUUCUUCACUUAAUACAAAGUUUCCAAUUAAGUUAAGCUACCAACUUAAUUUUAUGAAGAAACUUCUGGCAUUAUUAGAAAAAAACUGUGCGGAAGUCCAUGAUGUAGUUUACGAGAAUUAUUGCCAAAUACAACAAAACUUGGCCAAGGAUUGUACCGAAAAGUUUGCCUUUAAGCAUUAUGUUGUUGCGCCGGAUAUACACUUUUCACUGCGCGAAUCGAAAAGUUUUGUAGCUGAGGGCACAACUGGUCUUUGUAGUUGGCAAGCUUCUUUAGCUCUUGCUGAUUUUUUGGUAAAGAACCCAUGUAUAACGAGAGAUAAGUCGGUUUUAGAAUUAGGUGCUGGUACUGGGUUGUGCGGAUUUAUAAUGUUAAAAAUAUGCCGCCCCAGACAUGUGUUACUCAGUGAUGGCAGUAGUUCUUGUGUCGAACUAAUGGUUGAAAGUUUUAAGAGAAAUUUUUCAGAAGCAUUAGAAGAGAACUAUAGAUUCAUGUUGGGUAAACAAUUUGUUGAAUUUUCAGUAGUACAGUGGGAGUGUAUAGAAGAUAUAGCUGAGGUUUCAUUGUUAAAGCCCGAUAUUAUAUUAGCUGCAGAUGUUGUAUAUGAUGAUUCUUGCUUUUCAGACUUAUCUUCUGCAAUAGAUUAUGUUUUUAAGCUCAAAGAAAAUAAAGUUGAAAUGUAUUUGGCCGCUACAGUUCGCAAUCAGCAUACUCUAAAUGGAUUUCUUCAUAUAUUGGAUGCUUUAAAUUUUCAUAUAACAGAAUGCAAUGUUGUUUCCGAAGAAAAAAGUAUUUUGUAUUGGGAUCGAUCAACUCCUGUAAAAAUCUUGAAAUUGACUAGAUAAUAAAUCAUAGUGGAAGACAUAAAAAAAACGU